AUGUCUCCUCACGCAGAUGCCUCGACCACGUCCUUAGGGAACGGCUCGAACGGUUCGGCGACUUCGUCUAGAUAUCAUUCUUCUUCGACCAAGGCUGCCAUUCAGGCAGAGAACCAAUACGCUGCUCAUAACUACCACCCGCUCCCUGUCGUUUUCGCUCGCGCGCAGGGUGUUGACGUGUGGGACCCUGAAGGCAAGCACUAUAUCGAUUUCCUCUCCGCAUACAGCGCCGUGAACCAAGGCCAUUGUCACCCGGAGCUAGUGAAAGCUCUCACCGAACAGGCUGGAAGGUUGACCUUAAGCUCCAGGGCAUUUCACAAUGACGUGUUUCCCAAAUGGGCGGAAAAGGUGCAAGCGAUGUUCGGGUACGACAUGGUCCUGCCGAUGAACACAGGAGCGGAGGCAGUAGAAACGGCUAUCAAGAUUGCACGAAAGUGGGCCUAUAAGGUUAAAGGAGUGCCCCAAGGCAAGGCUUUGGUAUUCGGUGCGGAAGAAAACUUCCAUGGCCGCACGAUGACGGCGGUGACUCUAUCCACCGAUCCAGAGUCGAAGGAUAACUACGGACCAUACGUUCCAAAUAUUGGUGCUAUAUCCCCCUCCACUGGUAAGCCUAUUCGGUACAACAACGUGGCAGAGUUGGAGGAGGUACUUGAGGCUCAUGGGCGUGAGACCGCUGCAUUCAUUGUCGAACCGAUUCAGGGCGAGGCGGGGGUAGUGGUCCCCGAUGAGGAUUACUUGAGUAAAGUGCACGCACUAUGCAAGAAACACAAUGUGCUCUUGAUCUGUGAUGAAAUUCAGACGGGCAUCGGUCGCACAGGUCGGAUGCUGUGUUCUGAAUGGGCUGGCAUCAAGCCGGACAUGAUUACUUUGGGGAAGGCUAUUUCUGGUGGCAUGUAUCCCGUCAGUUGCGUCCUCAGUAGUAAAGAGAUCAUGCUUGUUGUAGAGCCUGGAACUCAUGGCUCGACGUAUGGCGGAAAUCCGCUAGGCUGCGCUGUCUCUAUACGUGCUCUCGAGCUCAUGGAAGAGGAGAAGCUUACCCAGAAGGCUGAAAAGCUUGGUAACAUCUUCCGCGAUAGUCUGGCAUCAUUUAAUUCGCCUAUCAUCAAGACUAUCCGUGGAAAGGGAUUACUAAAUGCCGUUGUAAUUGACGAAUCAAAGGCCAAUGGCCACUCAGCUUGGGACCUUUGUCUUCUCCUGAAGGAGAAGGGUGUUUUGGCUAAACCGACACAUGGGAACAUCAUCCGGUUCGCACCGCCGUUGGUCAUUUCGGAAGCACAACUUCGAAAUGCCAUAUCCAUCAUUGGCGAUGCGUUGCAGGAGCUACCAAAGAUGAAGCAACACGAGAACGUCCACGUCGGACUGGAGAAUUGA